CUGUUGUUAUGUCCACGUAAGAAACUAAGUUGGUGGCCCAAGAAAAAGAUCUGGUUCUUUGUCGCUCGAGUUGAAGCGCGCUGAGAUAGCUACAACGCCUUUAAAUUAGAUCCAUCUUUCUCUUCUUUUCGCUUUACGUAGACAACGGUCGACUAAGGAGCAGCGCUCGUGAUUCGGGCAGGUUUUGCGUAGUUCUAACAACAAUCAAAUCCGGUCAGCAGCCCAACACACACCAAACCAGCAACCCAAAGAACCGAAAGAAAAGAAGACUCCAAAAAUUAAGACCUUCCCAACGACAAGAGAGGAAAAAAAAAAAAAGAUGGAUAAAAUCUGGUGCAGAAAGACCCAUUUCAAUCUUAACACUGUUUUCUUCUUUUUCUUAAUCCCCAAAUCUCGUGCGAAAGCAAGGCCCUCAGAAAUUUCUAUGCCUCACGCUUUUCCUUUUUCUUCUUUUUGUUUUAAGUAGCAAUUCUUACAACUCCAAUUUGUUUUUCUUUUUUUGAUUCUCAUAUGUUGACCUUUUUCUGCGACAUAUGGUUUAGCGAAAGACUGAGAAGAAUGAAUGCGUGCAUCGACGCGCACACACAAGGAGAACCGACACCCUACCCAUUUAAUCUUUAGCCCUCCCUCACAGGUUUCUCUUUUGUUCUCAAAUUUACUCUCUUUUUUCUUUUUUGGUAUUGCCAUCCCAGGAAUAAUGGUUUGAUGAUCGGGUGACUUUAAUUGUUUCUAGUGGCUAUCGGUUUUGGGGAGGCUAGGGUUUACGCUGUCGCUUUGCUUCUUCUUCCAGGGGUUUGCUGUUUUUUUUUUUUUUCUCUUCUCCCUCUAUCACGGUUCUUCUCUUCCAUUUGUUCCGUUUCUCUCGUUCCUGAUUUAUCUAUUCUGUUUGCUGCAUACUUUUGGCCGGGAUUUUGUUUUUCUGUUUGUUGCCGUUGGAUGUAGAUUGUAGAAUGAGUUGCUAGGGUUGCGUUUUAAGGGCUUGGACGGGAGGGAAGAAAGGGGAUCCGGGGAUCCUGGUGGGAGGAGGAAGAUAGUUCGGGUGAUUGAUUUCGAGGGAAGAGGAGACUUUUGAGGGUUCUCUUGUGGAUUUUGAUUGUGAAGGGGGAAAGGCAGUGCAUCUGGAUUGACGGCCAUUCUUUUUGUCUUAAGUUUUGGACAACUUUAAGUUUUUUCUUUGUUUUUCUGGAGGGGGGUCUAGUUGCAUUUGGUUCCUUGACUGGGACACUUCUUUAGCUUUCCAAAGUAGGUGCACGAGUUGGGAUUUUUGUGGUCCGUUCGGUUUCUGCUGGUGUUGUGAAGUUUGGAUCUUCAGGUGCAUGUUAAUGGUUCUCGCGUUGGGCAUAGAGCUUGUUCAGAUGUAUUACGUUUGCUUCCUCGAUAUUGCAUUGUCUGCUGAACGGUGCAUCUGUAAAGAGGUUGGGUGGUUUUAGGUUCUUUGGUUGGCUUUUGGUUUUAAGCUGCUUGAGAUUUGGAGUCGUCUACACGAAUGUCUGAAGCUGAUAUAAGAAUUUAGUUCUUUCUCAAAUUUGAGGGAGGAGGACAGCAUAUAUUUUCUUGGUGGCAUGUAUAGAAGAUGUGGCAAGUUUUAGGAAAUUCUGCUCUUCAGAAACGCAAGUGCACCAUUGUGGCUGUGUUCUGCGGGAGAGGUAUCCAUAAGAAAGCAUAUGAGGCUGAACGAGAGGGUUCAGUUUACAAAUUUCCUGAUCUUGUUUCUGCAGGGAACCUAGAGGUUCAUACCCUAAAUAAUCCCGGUAUUGAUGAAUUUAGACACACUGUAAAAUCGCUGGAGCCUGAUUUUGUUUAUCUGCAAGGAGCAAGGUCCAAUGAAGAGGAGGAGAUUGGUUCUCUAACAUGGGGAGAUGUUGAUUUAUCAAAUGCUGAUGCAAUAACUGACCUCUUCGCUUCAACGCUGCCAACAACUGUGUAUUUAGAAUUUCCAAAUGGUGAGAAGUUGGCAGAGGCCCUUCAGUCGAAGGGUAUUCCAUAUGUCAUCUAUUGGAAAAAUGGAUUGUCAUGUUAUGCAGCAUCUCACUUUUUCCAUGCAAUGGUUUCAGUUCUACAGAGUUCCACUUGCCAUAUCUGGGAUGUCUUUCAGCUGGCUAUUGCAUCCUUCAGACUGUACUGUGUACAAAACAGUCGUGGGUCCACAAAUAGCCAAAAGGUUAGGGCUAAGUUUGGUCCUCGGCUUCUUGGAGAGUCACCCAAGAUUGCUACUAGAGAUUUGAAUGAGGGAGAGGGAUCGCCUAGUGAACUUCCUGCUAUCAAAAUAUAUGAGGAUGAAGUGACCGUGAGAUUUCUUUUUUGUGGAGUUCCACGUGCACUGGAUGCAUCUUUGCUGGGUUCUUUAGAAGAUGGUCUCAAGGCUCUUCUUAAUAUUGAGAUACGUGGGAGCAAACUGCAGAACAGAGUGAGUGCUCCUCCUCCUCCUCUUGCUGCUGGAACUCUUUCUCGUGGGGUUAUCACAAUGCGAUGUGAUAUGUCCACUUGUGGUUCUGCUCACAUAUCACUCCUAGUGUCGGGUAGCGCUCAGACUUGUUUUGAUGAUCAACUGCUGGAGAGCCAUAUUAAGAGUGAGCUUAUUGAGAAAGGUCAGCUGGUUCAUGCGGUGCCCCACAGUGAUGGAGCAAAGGCAUUGUUAUGUGAUCCCCGUAGAUCUACAUCAGUUGCAUGUGGAGCCAAUGUUUUUGAAGUUUGUGUGAAAUUAUCGUCAUGGGCUGCCCAGGUUUUAAAGCAGGUUGCUCCUGAAUUUUCUUACCGCAGCUUGGUUGCACUUGGCAUUGCAAGUGUUCAGGGUUUAGCUGUUGCUUCUUUUGGGGAAGACGAUGCUGACCGGUUUCUAUUCUUCUGUAAUGACAAAUCCAAGGAUACUGUGGCACUAGACUGCUAUGUGGAGAUGCCAAACUGGCUAAGACCUCCUGCACCUUGUCGGAAAAGGCCUUCUUUGCUACGAGUCUUGAGGCCUUCCAUGAAUGGUAAUCCAGUUGAUAAUGAGGCUUCUAGAGCUACAGGUACUGACCUGGACCAGGAUGUCCGUGUGGACAUUGAGGCAUCAGAGAACAGGUGUAUUGCCUUGAUGCCUAGUAAACAGAGACUAAAAGUUCCUGCAAUGAGGCCUGUUCCACGGACAAAGAAAAAUAAACUGUUACCCUUUUCUGGUGCUUCUGAAGUUGAGCCACAAGGAAAUUCUACUUCAAACUUUCCCACUGUACCCCCCUUGAAGCUCAAUAAUGUAUCAUCUGCUCCUGUCCAUCGGAAGUCCUCAAACUCUUUCCAGGCACAGCAAGUUAUUUCAUUGAAUCCCUUGCCACUCAAGAAACAUGGAUGCAAUAGAUCUCCCAUACACGAGUGCUCUGAGGAAGAAUUUUUGAGGGAUGUUAUGCAAUUUCUGAUUCUUCGUGGGCAUACUCGACUUGUUCCCGCUGGUGGACUUGCUGAAUUUCCUGAAGUCAUACUUAAUGCCAAACGCCUGGACCUUUACAAUCUGUAUAGAGAGGUUGUCUCAAGGGGAGGCUUUAAUGUUGGGAACGGCAUUAACUGGAAAGGACAAGUCUUCUCAAAGAUGCGGAAUCAUACCACGACUAACCGAAUGACUGGUGUUGGGAAUACACUAAAAAGGCAUUAUGAGACAUAUUUGCUUGAGUACGAGCUUGCACAUGAGGAUGUUGACGGAGAGUGCUGCUUACUCUGUGGAAGUAGUGCAGCUGGUGACUGGGUCAAUUGUGGAACAUGCGGUGAGUGGGCACAUUUUGGCUGUGACAGACGGCAAGGUUUAGGUGCAUUCAAGGACUAUGCAAAAACAGAUGGACUGGAGUACAUUUGCCCCCGAUGCAGCCUGACCAAUUUUCGCUCGCAAUCAGGGCGUAAGCUUCAGAAAACUGCGGAUGCAUACUCGUAGGCGGUGAUGUUGCCUAGCUCAAAAAUUUUCGUUGCAUAACCACGUCCAAUUCUUUCCGUUAUGUGAGAGGCUCCGGUUUUGGUCCAGUUCAUAUUGUAUCAUAAAAAUUAUAUUUUAAUAAUCAUAUUCACCAUCAUAUAGGUAGUUUCCUUGUGCAAAUGUGUAAAGUGAAACUUGUGCAAUUCUGGGAGUAUUCCCUAUGUGCCUUUUAUUCAAGCAAUCUUUUCAAAUUUUCUUGCUA